AUGGGGAGCUUCUGCUCCAAGGGAUCGGCGGUGGACAAGUCGCCCAGCGACACCACGCUCGGCCCCGACCGCGUGAUCCACCACCACGAGCGUGGCGCGGUGAAGGGGGAGGAGAGGAAGACGGUGGCGGAGGAGGCUGCUGCCAAGAGGAUGCACGAGCAGCCGCCGCAGCAACAGCAGCAGCCACCACAACAUCAACAACCACCACAGCAUCAACAACCACCACCACAACAUCAUCAUCAGCAGCAGCAACCACAGCGUAUCUCUGUCCCGGAAACUGCCGCUUCUGGUGCCAGCGUUGGCGCUGGCUCGGCGCCAUGGGAUGGUGUGCCUUCGCUGGCUCGGAAUCCGUCCCAGAAAGGGAUGGGCAUGGCCAAAGCUGGUGCUGCCAAGGUUUCGGAAGUAAGCUCAAUUCUGGGUAGGGCUGGUACUGUUGGGCUUGGCAAAGCAGUGGACGUACUAGACACACUUGGCAGUAGCAUGACAAAUUUGAAUCCAAGUAGUGGUUUUGGAUCAGGUGCUACAACAAAGGGCAACAAAAUAUCCAUUUUGGCAUUUGAGGUUGCUAAUACUAUAGUGAAAGGUUGCAAUUUGAUGCGAGCUCUUUCAAGAGAGAGCGUAAAACAUUUAAAAGAAGUGGUGCUUCAUUCAGAAGGUGUUCAAAAUCUUGUAGCCAAAGAUAUGGAUGAAUUGCUCAAGAUUGCUGCUGCUGACAAAAGGGAAGAGUUGAAAGUGUUCUCUACAGAAGUUAUUCGCUUUGGAAACCGUUGCAAGGAUCCUCAGUGGCACAACUUGGAUCGCUAUUUCGACAAGGUGUCAUCAGAACGGACUCCUCAACAUCACUUGAAAGAAGAGGCAGAAUCAGUGAUGCAGAAAUUGGUGACUUGUGUUCAAUAUACAGCUGAAUUAUACCAUGAAAUGCAUGCCCUUGACAGAUUUGAACAGGACUAUCAACGUAAACAGCAGGAAGAGGAUGGUUCAAGUGUUGCCCAAAGAGGUGAGAGUCUGCACAUACUAAAGCAGGAGGUCAAGAGCCAACAGAAGCAUGUUAAAAGUUUGAAGAAGAAGUCUCUUUGGUCCAAGAAUUUGGAAGAGGUUAUGGAAAAACUUGUAGACAUCGUGCACUUCUUGCAUUUGGAGAUCCAUAAUACCUUUGGGUGCUCAGAUAAUGAAGAAUCACAGGAGCCUACUAAACGACGUAAUAGAUUGGGUCCAGCAGGACUUGCGCUGCAUUAUGCUAAUAUCAUCAGUCAGAUUGAUGCUCUUGUUUCUCGCUCAUCUUCUGUUCCUCCAAACACAAGGGAUUCAUUAUACCAGAGUUUGCCACCGACCAUAAAAUCUGCUCUCCGUUCUAAGCUACAUUCAUCUGGAGUUAAGGAAGAGCUUACUGUUUCUCAAAUCAAGGCGGAAAUGGAGAAGACAUUACGGUGGCUUGUCCCGGUUGCAAAUAACACCACCAAGGCUCACCAUGGCUUUGGUUGGGUUGGAGAGUGGGCAAAUACAGGGUCAGAGGUGAACUGCAAGCCGACAGGGCAUAUGGACCUCACCCGAAUUGAGACACUGCAUCAUGCUGACAGGGACAAGACCGAAGCGCAUAUCCUUGAGCUUGUCGUAUCGCUUCAGCAUCUCAUCAGUCAAUCCAGAGCAGCGAAUGGCGAGCGAUCUCCCAUCAAGUCUCCUGUUCGAUCUCCUACACAAAGGGGCUCUUCAAUCACAUUGUCUCCAAACAAAGCCAGCAGUUCAUCACCUGUUCUGACACAACAAGAACAAGAGAUGCUAAGGGAUGUCAAAUACAGGAAAUUCGUUCCUGGUAUAAGCAAAAGCCAAGAGUUUGACACAAAGGCAAGGCAUAUGCAAAGCAGGUUGAUCAAAAGUAACAGCCAUUCACCAAGCAGUAGCAACAGGAAAGAAUUCCUAUCGAUCAGGAGUAUGCUUCCUGUCAUUAAUUUUGAAAUCGAUAGGACCAAAGCUCUGGAUAUGAUCGACAAUCUAAAAGUGCAGUGA